AACAUCUAAAGAGAGUUAAGUGAUCUGUGGUUAAGGUCUCUUACAUUACAUAACAAACUUCAAAAACUAAGGUUAUAAUAAUCUGUUAGAUUUUGAAGAAAAAUCAAAUUCUAAUAAUCUAUAAUUCUAUACCUACAUAAUAAGAAUGAGUGCAGUUCCAAGUAGAGGUUUAGUGGGGCUUUUUAAAAGAGGAUGGAAUGAAAUUCCAGAAAUCAUGGGCAGUUCAGCUUUUGGGUUAGCUGGGAUUGGAUUAACAGCUUAUUCAGUGUAUUUAUAUUAUCAAAAGGACGGAGACAACAGAAAGUAUAAGGAUCAGUACACCGUUUAUAGACAUGAUGAUCCAAGGGUAGCAAAAUUAAAACCAUAAUACAUUUAUAAAAUAUUUAGUCCUGUAAUAACUUUAUUUCAUGUAACUUUCUUAAAAUAAAUACAUUAUUAAAGUAAUUUUUAUAUUCAAAUGUGCAGCUGAAGUAUUUUACAAAUUUUAAGUCAAAUUAAAUAAACUAAAUGAGAUAGA